AGCUAAAUAAAUAUUGAAAUCUGGCAAACGCGAGAUCUGCAAAAAUAAAAAAUAAAAAGAAUUGAUAAGUAUUGGCACAGGCAAUCAUAGCCAAAUCGCAAGAAGACAUCAACGCCAAGCAAAAAUUUAUGUACUGAAAGGUGAAUGAAAAAAUUAGUCAUUUACUCGUAGAAAUCGCAAUUGCAAGCAAACGAAUAGAAUUGUAAAAAAAAAUGUUCAACAUCUGCAAAUGAAGUGUAUACAAACAAACAUACAUAUAUAUGUGUGAAAUCUACGAUUGACAUUGCCGGAAGAACAGAUAUGAGAGAGGUGAAAUAAGGCGAUCACAGCUUUAAAAUAUCCCUCGUCAAUCAAAUCAAAGUAGAAAACAAAAACAAAAAACUUCGGAAUAUCACAAAAAAUUGCCUACAAAUAAAAGAAAAUGUGCAAAUGUGCAUCUGUUAGGAAAGCCAUUACAAAUACAACAACUACUAAGCAUACACUGACAUUUCUGAAAUCGAAUUACAAAUACAAGCGCAGAUUCUACAUAAACAUGCCAAAUUUGCAAGCAAACGAAAUGGAGCGUCCACUGAUGAAGCUCACUGCAAUUGUGGAGGCAGCAGCAAAGAGAGAGGAGGCGGUCAAUUGCAUCAAUGCCAAAAAUAAAUUAAAUUAUGCAAUUAAUCAAAUAAUCAACACUAAUCGAAUUACAUAUAAAAUUAAAUUAAUUUUUAAAUUAGUUAUUUUGUUUGUCGGCAAUCUACUGACGCAAUCAACUUGCCAUUAUAUAAGCAACCGUCGCAAAUAUGGCAGUGUGACGCUAAAGCAAAUCUCCGAAGAUGUCAUUGUUGGUGGUGGAAGCUUUGAUGACACGAGCCAUCAACAGCGAAAUUAUGAUAAAGUGUCAACCAGGCGAUGCCAAAUAGCAACGCUCCAUCAAUGGCAACAACAUCAGCAGCCGCAUGAAAGCCUAACUCGGCUGCGGCUGCGGCUGCAAAAACAACAAAAAGUGGUAGAUGUGGCGCGUAAUCAAAGGAGACACAGCAGCAGCAGCAACAGCCGCCACCGCCACUUCACUGACAGCAAUUGGCAAGAUUUAUCGCCGGUGGUCGCGCGGCUGUCAACAAAAGCAACAACAAUAGUGCAACGACACGCAUCGUCAGCCGCCAGCAAUGGACGCAUUAAUGUGCUCUCAACACUGGCGGCAAUAUUAUUUAUGGCAUUGGCAUUCAAUGCGCCGCCUCUAGUUGAUGCCGGCGCCUGCUGGCGUUCGUCCCAAAGUAAUGGCAAAUGUAGUGAGAUUUAUUUGCGGAAUAGCACUAAGGCCGAGUGUUGUCGAUAUUCAGAGCUAUUUUACACUGACCGAGAUGUAACAGACGUGGAAUUAUUUUUUGCGACCACCAUUGGUGAUGGCAUGACCUGCUCACCCUGUGCUUUGAGCUGCAAGAGCAUGCAAUGCAGUUGGAAUAAGAAAUGCGUCAAGCGCAAAGGCCGUCCAAAGUGUGUCUGUGCACCUGAAUGUGGGGCGGCUAAGCGGCACAAGCAACGAAGCCAACAGAGGACUUUUCGCGGACACGAACCACACAGCGAACAAUUGCGGCUGAAUAGGCACAUAGUACUAGGAAGCGAUGGCAUCAGCGGCGGCCGCGCUGGUGGUGAUGGUGGUGGUGGUGUGGUUGGCAAAGCAGGCAACGGAGCCGGUAGCGCUACAUCGACGCUGUUAGGUGAAGGCAAGUCGCCACGCGACAUACGUAGUUUAAGUAGUGAAAUUACAAAUGUUAAUUUAGGUGUCGAACACCAAUUGCAAAUGCAACAACAAAACCAAAGAAAAAUGAUUAUAAUGCAAAGUCAAAGCCAACAGAAGCCUCAGUUAAGUAGACGAGUGGAGAAUUCGGGAAGACUUUUGAUAACGGCCAAUGCCGAGCAUGACACAGAGAAACCCGUCCAGCGACGAUUACAAAUCUUUAGCAAUAUAAGAACGAAUAGCAGACAUCACAAGAGCUUCGACGAUGACUUCAACAACGGUGAUGAAGACGAUGGUGACGAAAGUGAAGAGGGUGUGGAUGCUGAGGACAGAGAAUUUGAUGGCAACAAUGAAGAUGCUGAUAAUGAUGGUGAUAUUGAUGAUUGGUUAGAUGAUGGCAGCGAAGAAGCAUCUUCCGGCAACCAUCGUCGGAGUAGCGAUGAUUCAGCAAGAAUGCCAACGGCACCGCCGGAGUCACGACGAAGCUUAAACUUGCCGUCUAGACAUAAAACCAAUAAAAAUUCGAAUCACAACAAAAAAAGAAGGUUGCAUGAGAAUGAAAUGGAGGUUAGCAAGCGCCAACAGGAGAAUAGCAACAACAACAAUAAUUUCGCCAUAAUUAAACGUUUUCAGCUAGCCGCGUUACAACCGUCAGCUUCGUCACGAGGAACGGCAACAACAGCAGCAACGUCAAAUGCUAGACAACUCGAAAACGCUCCAAAUCACGAUGAGGUGUCGCUGGCGGCAGGAGUAGGCAUUCUGAACGGUAAUAGCGCUAACAAUAACAACAACAACCAUAAGACCAAUAGCAACAGUAGGAAUAACGUUAAUGGCGGCAGACAACGUGAACGUCAUCACCAUCAUCAGCAGCAUCAACAGCAGCAGCUGCAACGUAAACGCAAACAUCACCAGCAUCAGAAGCAACUACAACAACAACAACAACAUCAGCAACAAGAGCAACAACAGAAGCAGCAGCAGCAGCAGCCGCCCCAUCAGCAAAGUGACCAUCAACACAAUCAUCGCGCGCAUAAAAAGCACAAAAAGCUGAAGGAUCACAAUGCAAACAACAAUGGCAACAACGUGCGCACGCGUACAUCGUCUGCAACAUCCUCGCUGACAGCGCACAGCGGUGAUAGCAUAAUGCCAGCAACCACAAUAGCAACAACAGCAACAGCAACGACAACGACAACGACAACAACUGCUGUGCCAACUACAAUGGACUGGCAGACAACAGCUGCUACCGCCACUCCCGUAAAUUCCAUGUCGCCGUCUGACGAUCGUCGUUUAUUAAAUCACGGAAGUCAUAUAGCAAAGUCAUCGCCAUCGUUGUCGUCGUCGUCGUCGCUAGCAACAAAACAAGAAAAACUUAGCACUUCGUCGGAAGCAUUUUUUGGUGGAGGUGUUUCUGCUGACGUUGGCAAAUCAUUUCACAAUUCCGAUGACUCGACACUACUCGAUGGAAUUUACGAUAAUUUCAAUGUUUACGGAUUCCCAAAUCGCCAAUUCGAAGUUGCGGUAGAAAAUUUCCAUGGGCCACAUCCAGUCUGCGGCACAGAUGGUCGCACCUAUAAUACGGAAUGUCAAUUGAAGAAACGAGCGUGCCGCACCAAUAAUCCGUCGCUAACUGUUGCCUAUCGAGGACAUUGCCGAACUUCUUGCAAUGGUGUGAAAUGCCUCGGUGGUCUUACGUGUGUCGAAGAUCAAUAUACCAUACCACACUGUAUCGCUUGCAAAAUCGAUUGCCCCGAAGAUGAUGCUGCCGCGGCUGCCUCGCACGCUAUUGACCCAAAGCGCGCUGUGUGCGGUGUCGAUGGCAAGACAUACCGUAGUGUUUGUGAUAUAAAUCGAAUGAUUUGCAAGAGUGGACGUUCAAUUGCCGUCGCAUAUCCGGGACCGUGUCGGGCCGAUCGUCCAACUUGCAAUGAAAUAAACUGCGGUCACAAACACACCUGCCUCGUGGAUUUGCUAACUCAUGAGCCGCGCUGUGUAACUUGUAGUUAUAAAUGUGCAAGGAAACGACGACCAACGUCGCUGCGUUUUGAGGAGGGCAAAAUUUGUGGAGUAAACAAUCAUACAUAUAAUUCGUGGUGUGAACUGCGACGAGAUUCUUGCAAUACUGGCUUUUUCAUCGAUAUUAAGUCGCCAGGGGAAUGCAACUAGAAUAGCACAAUUAUUAAAACGUAGAAGAAGAAAAAUUAAAGAAAAUAAAAACGAAAACGAAAACGAAAAAAAAAAUAA